CCAAGAUGGCGGCAGGAUUGAAAAGUUGUUGCCGCGGCGGCGGCGCCGCUUUCCCUUGUUAAGCCUCUGGCUCUUCCGGGUGCGGCUAUGGCGGCGCAUUGAAGGCGGAGGGGCGGGGGACCCGGGCGGGGAGAUGGCUCCGGGCCCCGCCUGAGACAUGGAGGAAGAAGGCAAGAGGGGGAAAAAGCCUGGGAUAGUGUCCCCUUUCAAGCGUGUCUUCCUGAAAGGCGAAAAGGGACGGGAUAAGAAGGCGCAGGAGAAGGUGACAGAGAGGCGGCCACUGCAUUCGGUGUCGCUCUCCUUGCCGGAUCGGGUAGAACCGGAUGUCCUCUUGAACGAUUAUAUUGAAAAGGAAGUGAAGUAUUUAGGACAAUUAACAUCUGUCCCGGGGUACUUGAAUCCUUCCAGCCGUACUGAAAUACUGCAUUUAAUAGACAAUGCAAAGAGAGCACAUCAGCUUCCAGGGCAGCUGACCCCAGAGCAUGAUGCUGUGAUUAGUUUGUCAGCCUACAACAUCAAGCUGGUGUGGCGAGAUGGUGAAGAUAUCAUACUCAGGGUCCCCAUCCACGACAUCGCAUCGGUGUCGUACAUCCGGGACGACUCCUCGCACUUGGUGGUGUUGAAAACAGCUCAGGACCCCGGGAUUUCCCCUAGCCAGAGUCUUUGUGCUGAAAGCUCUAAAGCUCUUACUUCAGGAUCACUCUCCGAGAGCGGAGUGGUACCCGUCGAAGCGUGCUGUCUGGUAGUCCUGGCUACGGAGAACAAAGUAACUGCGGAGGAGCUUUGCUCCCUUCUCAGCCAAGUCUUCCAUAUUGUUUACACAGAGUCCACUAUAGACUUUCUAGACAGAGCAAUAUUUGAUGGGGCCUCCACGCCAACACGGCAUCUGUCCCUGCACAGUGACGACUCUUCUACAAAAGUGGAUGUUAAAGAUUCUUACGAAACAGAAGCAAGCACUAUCUCUUUCCCAGAGUCCUUGGAGACCGGCGGCAACUCCCCCUCUCCCUUCGCGACGCAGCCGUCUCCGCACACCAAGACAGCCAGCGAAAGUGAGCUGAGCACCACUGCGACGGAGCUGCUCCAGGACUACAUGAUGACGUUACGAACGAAGCUCUCUUCUCACGAGAUCCAGCAGUUCGCAAUGCUUCUGCACGAAUACCGCAACGGAGCGUCCAUCCAAGAGUUCUGCAUCAGCCUGCGACAGCUCUAUGGGGAUAGCAGGAAGUUCCUUCUUCUAGGCCUCAGACCGUUCAUUCCGGAGAAGGACAGCCAGUACUUUGAGAACUUCCUGGAAACCCUGGGGGUGAAGGAUGGCCGGGGCAUCAUCACUGACAGCUUCGGGAGGUACCGGCGGACAGUAAGCUCCACCUCCACCUCCACCACCAAUGGCAAUGGAGCCACGGGGAGCUCAGACGACCAGUCGGUCCCCUCGGAGGGAGACGAGUGGGACCGCAUGAUCUCGGACAUAAGUAAUGACAUUGAAGCGCUCGGCUGCAGCAUGGACCACGAUUCCUCUUGAAAUCCAGAGGUCAGGAGAGGAAAGAGGCAGCUCUUGCAAAACACCCACACACCGUGACGGGCUUUGUUGCUCUCCCGCACACCCCCAGAGGGACGACAACCCCAGUUUGUGUCCGGGGGAAGCUGGAGGCGAAGAAUUCCUGCGAAGCUGCCCCCCUCCCCCCCCCCCGUCAGAGGCUCGUUCCGUGUAUCCGCCGCGUGCUCAUGGCCGACGGUCUCUUCUGUGAAGGUGUGAAAGUGAGCAAGCCGUGGAAGAGAGGGAGUGGGCUUCGUUGGGGGUGGCGAGGCUAAGCAGCUCCUCCUGGUGUGUCCCCCUCUCUUCUCGCCCAAGUCUGAACUGUCAGGGAAGCAGGGAAGGCGAGAGGGGGCGCCGGUCUUGAGGGGGGGGGUCCCCCUCAGCCUGUUGGCGGUGUUGCACACAACAUUUCUAUUUUUUUAAAUGAAGUUUACCACAAUGUGAAUAACUUAAUAUUCCAGGUGUUUGUCAUGAGGUGGCCUUGGUUGCAGAAGUGGAGGCGCUGCCAUUCGGUGGCACAGGCCUUGGCAGAAGCCGACCUUCCCUGGCCCCAGAGGCGGCUCCUGCCAGCUGAGCUUUCCUUAGGCAAGCCAGGGUGUGGGGCAGGCAGUGCGGCCUUGGCCGGCCGAGUCCCAGCAGCCUGGUGGCAAUGCAUUUGCCUUGGCUCCAGUGCUUGUGGCUGGGGCUGCGAUGGGGAAGCUUGCCUACAGUGUGUGAUCCUGCGGUUGAGAACGGCCAGCGAUCUCCUCCCCAGCGGCCCUGCUUACCUCGAGCUAGGCUGUCCCGUGUCCGAGCGAGCUUUCUGGUGCCGCCCCAGAGCCUUCCCUUCGCCUGCUAGAAGUACAUGGAUAGCUUGUGCUUGACGUGGUGGAAUGCUGCUUCCCACUGAGGUCGCUGGCGCUGCAGUUCCCGUAGGUUGCGUGGGCGUGGUUCUGGUGGGGAGCGGCUUUGGGGCACCAGGCAAGCGCGUCCCAACAGAGAGUUGCUGGUAGGAUCCCGGGACUGGUCUCCAGCGGCCCUGCGCCAGUUGCAGCAUUUGACAGUCCCGUUUUACUUCCCUUUUGGGGGGAUGGGAACUUGGUCAUUUGAGGUCCUUUGGGAGUUUUUAUAUGAAAUCUGUUGGGCUGCUUUCAAAUGUGGGAAGUAAUAACAAACUGAAGGGUGAAAUAGAUUUCAUUGGUUUGUUUGUUUUUUCUAAGAGGAACAGGAUACGGAAGAACUAUAUACAUAAUGUAUAUGUGCUGUAUAUAUUAUACUGUUAAAGGCACCCUAAUUUUUGUAUGUGUGUUUCAUGCCAUAAGAGUUCCAGGCAAGUAGAAACUGGCCGGUCUCCUCUUUUUAGGGGGGAAACCUGAGUGAGUGGUUUUUAUAACAAAAAAUGCCAUUUUUGCUACCCGUCAGUCGCAAGCAAAUACUGGCGAUUGGCAGGGAACGUCAGCAGCCCUUUCCUGCCUGAGGUGUUGGCCUGAGCAGAAGGUCCUUAGUUGUCAGCUGUGCCGAGAGAGAGAGAGAGAGAGAGUGGUGUCACUCUGGCCCGUUUUCCUCUCUGGCCCCGAAUGGGCCAUGUGGCAGGCAGGCCUUGGUGGGGAAACAGUAUAGGCACGUCUAAAUGUGGAUUUGGUUAGGGUCAUGCCAAAGAUGCAGUGUUGUGCCCUGACGUGGGUAGAUGGUGCACAAAGAGUAGACUGAACCACAGCUGCCUUUUGGGGGGGGGGGGGUUCUUGUUGUUUCACUUCACUUAGCCAACCAUGGUGCCUCCCUCUGGGGCAAAGAGCUCAAAGAAGCUCUUGUGUUAGAAGUCGCCUCCUUGACCAGGGGAACGGCGCAGCUGUUAGCUGAGCAGAGUGGAAGGAUCCACAGAAUGAGUUUGGUAUACUAUUUAUAGAUCAGCUCAGAGAAAAAUACUCUCUAGCAGGAUAAGGUCCCCUUUAGCGGGCUGGGCACUAAGCCAGAAUGUGUGUCAUCAAAAAUUAGUAUUAACAUUCAUGUAAUUGGGGAAUCUCUGAGAAGCCACCUGGGCUCAAAGAAUACACUUUAUCUCUCCCUGUUGUUACUCACUCUAGGGCAUAUUUACACUACCAGCAUCUUUCCUUCAGUGGGUUCAAAGCAUGUUUAAUUUGGGCCUCUUUGCGGAAAGUCCCACAAUGGCGUUUUGAGUCUGCACCUCUCUGCUUGCCUUGGUAUUUUGGACGCUCACAGCCUUCUGAUGGGCUGUCCGUCCGCUCAGUUUCAACCACGGUUCUACAUGUGUGAUGCACAGGUGUAGCUUUUUCUGUGGAAGUUCCUUUUCUGAACGUGUAGUGUCCUGAGAGCCAAGGCCUCAAAUGACCAAAGUUCAGGCCAGUUGUCUAAACUCUGCAUGAUUCAAGUCCAGUAGCUCCUUCAAGACC